CUCCUCAAGGGGUAGGAAGUGAGAUGGGAACUGCUGCGGUGUGGAGGGAUUAGUAACUCACCCGAGGAUGAGCGGGAUGUGGCUUUGUCGCCUGGAUUAGUGUGAUUUACACCCUUAAGCCGCUCCAAGAGCUCGUAAACAGCCGUGCCCGUGUGUGCAAGUUGUUUCCGUGCCUCGUGUUAGUCUGGAGCUUUGGGCUUUCAAUUUGGAUAAUCUGGCGCUAUGCAUCCAGCCCCUGGGCGCUUCCAGGCACUGCUCCUCAUCGCUGCCACCAGCCUUGUCACUGUCACCAGCACAGAUCUAACUCCCCGUUUUAUUUCUGAGCCCUCAUCUACUGUCCAGAAGCCUGGUGAGCCCGUCCAGCUCCGCUGCUCUGCCGAGCCCUCCUCAGCUCACAUUUCCUGGCUGUUCAAUGGGGAGCCUCUGAAGAGCAGGGUGGGAGAGGUGGAGAUGCAGGCAGGAUCUUUGACAAUCGUGUCCCUGAGCCCAGCAAGGUGUGGGCGCUACCAGUGCGUGGCGAGCAGCGGCGUGGGCGCCGUGCUGAGCCGGCCGGCCUCCGUGUCCAUGGCCAGUUUAGGUGACUUUGAUGCCUUGGGGACGGCUGUUGUUGAAGCAGAGGAAGGAGGCACAGCUCUCAUCAGGUGCCAGGUGCCAGAAAGUCACCCCAAAGCACAGGUUCGCUUCCAAGUGCGGGGGAAGUGGCUGGAACAAUCAACAGACAACUACCUAAUUCUUCCAUCUGGAAACCUGCAAAUUUUGAAUGUAUCUUUAGAAGACAAAGGGUCCUACAGGUGUGCAGCAUACAACCCAGUUACUCACGACCUCAGAGUAGAACUCACUGCACGGAAGCUCACAGUCACACGCCCUUCUUCAGGUGGCUCCCACAUCCUCCACCCGCUGGCUGCCCAGAGCCUGGCAGUGCCCCAGCACAGCGCCCUGACCCUGGAGUGUGUGGUCAGCGGGGCAGCUCCAGCCCCCACGCGCUGGGUGAAGGACGGCCGGGACGCGCUGAGGACGGGCAGGUGGAGGCUGCUGCACUCCCACCUGGUCACCGACAGGCUGGAGCCAUCUGAUGCUGGGAAUUACUCCUGCCUGCUGGGAAGUGACUCUGGAGCAGUGAAAUAUGUUAACUAUUCGCUUACUGUACUUGAGCCUGCCUCGCUCUCCAGGGGGCUGCAGGACCAGACCGUGGCUGUGGGGGCGAGCGUCCAUUUGUGGUGCGAGGCCGGGGGCAGCCCCGCUCCCGCCCUCACCUGGCUGCACAACGCGGCUCCUCUCGGGCCCUCCCCGCGGCACCUCCUCACAGGAAACCACCUGAGCAUCUGCGGGGUCACCCUGGCGGACUCUGGCGUGUACCAGUGUGUGGGAAACAAUGGGAUUGGGUUUGUGCAGUCCACGGGGAGGCUCCGGGUCCAGCCAGACAAAGACUCCGUCCCCAUCAUCACCUCCUCCCCAGCCAACACCACCGUGGUGGCCGGUGGGGAUGUGACCCUGUCCUGCAACGCCACGGGCCUGCCCGCUCCUGUGAUCCGCUGGUACGACAGCAGAGGCCUCGAGAUCAGCCAGGUUCCUUCAGCAGCUGGCACGGGAGCAGGAGAAACAGCUCCUCUGGAGCUUGCCCAGAGCGACGAGAGCGGCGGCGAUUUUGGUGCAGAAGUGGCAUUUUCAAGCUCGCCUCCGACAAAAUCUGCUGUGGACGCGGCCGCCAUGGAGAAGGCGUCGACCCUCCAGCCUGUACGAGGUGCUGAUGGUGGCCAGGAGCGCCGCGGGCGAGGGCCAGCCGGCCAUGCUGACGUUCCGCACCAGCAAGGAAAGAACAUCAUCCUCGAAGAACACGCAGCCUCCAUCUCCACCUGCAGGAAUCCCCAAGCAUCCCAUUGUUCAUGAAGGCACAAAUAAUAACUUUGGUGUCAUCCUCCCGGACCUGUCUCGCCACAGUGGAGUUCCAGAAGCUCCUGACCGACCCACGAUAUCCACGGCCUCGGAAUCGUCCGUCUACGUCACGUGGAUCCCCCGUGCCAAUGGGGGCUCCCCCAUCACUGCCUUCAAGGUGGAGUACAAACGUCUGGGGCGCAACAGCGACUGGCUCGUCGCAGCUGGCAACAUCUCUCCCUCCAAGCUGUCUGUGGAAGUUAGGAACUUGGAGCCAGGAGAAAUGUACCGGUUCCGCGUGAUCGCGGUGAACACGUACGGGGAGAGGAGGCCAUCAGCGACACCCAGAUCAUGCUCAAGUGGACGUACAUCACAUCGAGCAACAACAACACGCCCAUCCAGGGAUUUUACAUCUAUUACCGGCCCACGGACAGCGACAACGACAGCGACUACAAGCGCGACAUCGUGGACGGUACGAAGCAGUGGCACCUGAUAAAUCACCUGCAGCCUGAAACUUCUUAUGACAUUAAGAUGCAGUGCUACAACGAGGGAGGGGAGAGCGAGUACAGCAACGUGAUGAUCUGCGAGACCAAAGUGAAACGCACGCCGGGAGCGUCUGAGUACCCGGUGAGAGACCUGAGCACGCCCCCCAGCCCCCCUGAGCGGGCGGGGGGCAGCGGGGCCGUGGCUGCCGGCGGCCCCACGCGCAGCGGGGACAUGCUGUACCUGAUCGUGGGCUGUGUCCUGGGCGUCAUGGUGCUCAUCCUCAUCGUCUUCAUCGCCAUGUGCCUCUGGAAGAACCGGCAGCAGAACGCCAUGCAGAAAUACGACCCUCCAGGCUACCUGUACCAAGGGGCAGAUAUCAGUGGGCAGAUGAUUGAGUACACGACCUUGCCCGGGACCAGCCGGGUCAGCGGCAGCAUCCACGGCAGCUUCCUCAGCAACGGCCUCAGCAACGGCUGCCCCCACCUCCACCACAAAGUCACCAACGGGGUCAAUGGCAUGGUGGGUGCAGGAGGAGCAGGACUGUACCCAGGGCACACCAACUCCCUGUCCAGAACACACAGAAUGGACUAUGAGCAUCCCCAUCACCUUGUGAAUGGUGGAGGGAUGUACACGGCAGUGCCACAGGCUGACCGUGUUUCACCAAAACCAACGGCACUUUCGGCAGCAGCACGCUGCCCGUGGUGCCCCUGGGAGCCCCUUUCCAGCAGGAGGGCGUGGAGAUGAAGCCCCUGAGCCCCCAUGUGAUGGUGGCCAUGUGCCUGGCCCCGGGCGGCCCCGAGUGCAGCGCCGGGCUGGAGCUGCAGCAGGAGCAGGAGCAGGAGGAGGGCGCGGAGCAGCCCCCGGCACAGCGUCCCUGCUGCCGGGAGCGCAUCGGCCAGCGGCUCUCCGUGGAUUGCAUGGACGGCAGCAGCUUCCUGCACUCGGAAACGUCGAACCACAUUUUGAGUUGGAGUCCCCUCAUUCUUCAGCCUCUUUCCAAGGACUGUAAGGAAAAACCAGGAUGGAGUUCAUCCGGAGUCACCCUAAAUGGUUCUGGGGACCUUUGUCAGCUCCAGCUGCAGGAAACCUGAGGCAGUGACCGUGUCCCCACUCAAGGCCAGGAACUGCACCGCUGAAAGGGAGUCACGGGGGGAUGUUAAUUAUAACAGAGAGAGUCACUAUUUAUUUUUUGUAGUAGUGUCAUAUGAAUGUAUCUUGGUUUCAAAAUGGUUGCCUUUUUAUAUUAUUUAUGCCUUGAAAUCCCUUUUUUUGUUGUUUUUUUUUUUUUCUUCCCCCACACACACCACAAAACUAGCCUGGUUAUGUGUAUAAAAAAGAAUUGUAAUAAUAUAAAGAAUGAGGAUGGGAAAUGUGGA